AUGGACCCGAGGCUGGGGCUGAGUCCGCCCAAGGCGGAGGUGCUGCAGGAGGAGCACGCCAACUUCAACCCCGUGUCGCCGUUCCUCUCCACGGGGGUCACAUAUGACGCCGCCACGGGCGUGCCAGACUACCUGACGUCCCUGGCGCCGGAUGUUGACCACUCGGAGUACCUCAGUGACGUGGGCGACCAGGGCCUGUGCGCCUCAUGCUGGGCAUUCGCAGUGGCAGGGGCGGUGGAGGGAGCGUUUCGGCUCUUCUCGGAUUACUUCCCCCCCAAGUCCAUGCUGGCAGUGCAGCAGGUGCCGCUGCCGGGAGCGGUGGGGCUGAUGCGGGUUCUGAUGAAGCAGCCAGUGGUGGUGACCAUCUAUGCGUCCAUGCAGGAUUUCCAGGAGUACAACGCCGACAGCGGCGUGUACGAGAACGACGCGUGCUUUGACCCGUCGGCCCCUGUGCUGGACCACGUGGUGCUGGUGACGGGGUACGUGUUCGGGGGCGUGUCGUCGCUGGAGAACUACUUCAUCAUCCGCAACAGCUGGGGCACCAGCUGGGGCACCAACGGCUACAUGAUGAUCGCCAUGACGGGCGCGGCUGCGGGCAUCUGCGGCAUGACGUACGAGCGCGGGCUCUACCCCGUGCUGCAUGAGAGCGACCUAAGGGACCCGUGUGCCAUGGCGCCGUGUGGGGGGGGCGUGUGUGCGCAGACGGUUGUGGGCGUGUACACGUGCCGCUGCGAGUACCCCCUCGUCGACGCCACUCGCCGUGAUGGUCGACCCACCUGCGCUCUCAAGAAGGUGUGCUCGGCGUUUGCGAGUAACCCAUGUGGCACGGGGCUGUGUGUGGACACGGGGACUGGCUCAUACACGUGCACGUGCCCCUCCAACUACCAACCCAGCGCCGCCUCCUCUACCGGCCUCCUCACCUGCGUGCCCAGCGGCGCCAGCGCACCAAUGAACUCGUACCAGGUGCAGACGGGUGACACGUGCUACGACAUCUACGUCUUCCACGGGCUCUCCGAGACCGAGUUCCUUGCCCAGAACCAGGACGUGGACUGCAACAACCUCCAACCAGGCACAUACGUGCAGGUGGAGCGAACCACCAAGCCCGUGUGCUCCGUGCGCUAUCCCAUCUCCCAGGUGGAUGCAACAGCAGGCAACUGUGACGCCAUCAAUGCGCGCUUCUCCAUCGAUGCAGCUGCUAUCAACCCCGGGCUUGACUGUGCCAACUUGGUCCCUGGCCAGCAGCUGUGCGUGGAGUGGAGUGACUUUGAGAAGGGCUCAAGCAACUACGUGCUGUGCACGCAGUACCAGGAUAUCACGGCCACGUCCACCUGCAGCUCCAUCCGCUCCACCUACGACCUCACGUGGCGCUCACUCUACCGCUUCAACCCCGGCUUGCUCUGCGACAAUAUCAACGGGUUCGCUGGACAAGAGGUAUGCGUUGCCGGGGAGCCAUUGGGAGCGGUGGCGUGCGGUCCCUCACGGUCCAAAAAGGUGCCAAACCGCAAGUACACGGUGCAAGCAGGCGACAGCUGUGCGUCUCUCGUCGUUGUGCAAUUCAAGCGCCAGUACCCUCUCGUUGCUGAGCUGAAUCGAGGAUGGAUGUGCCGAACCCAAAGCCUGUACCAAGGAAUGCCUGUAUGCAUACCGUCGUAG